UAGAAAAAAAAUCGAAAUAAUUUCAAACUACCAGCAAGAAGCAAACGGCAAAGUUUUCAAACCGUUUUCCCCUCGAGUUUUUAUAGUAAUUAAAUUUUUGCUACUGUUUUUUGAUAAACCCUUCCAUCGAAAACCCUUUAACCCAUUUGAGUGCAAUGUCUUCGAACGAAUCGAUUGCCACGCAAGAGAUCAGCAAAUGUCUGGGCUGCAAGGCCCAUGGCAAUCUGGGCCGGCGUUACGAGUGCACAGUUUGCGGCGAGUCGGUGACCUAUUGCGGCAAUUGUUACGAUGAGGGCAAGAAUGUGCCGAACGAUAAGCACAAGUAUUACCAUCCCAUGAAGGCCAUCUACAAUCAAGAUUUCUUUGAGCUCUACUUCCUCGGCGAGGAGAUGGUCAACGGCGAGGCGCCGCAGAGCUACAAGUGCGCCUUCUGCGAUGAGCUCGGCUUCACCGCCGAGGAGCUGCAGUUGCAUGUGCUCGAAAAGCACAGCGGUCACCCGGAUGCACCCCAACUGCUCGACAUAUUGGAGCAAAUGAAAGAGCAGAAGAAAGCCACUGAGAUCCGUUGCCAGGAGAAGUCGCGCGGCGGCCUCAGCUAUGAGGUUAUUUUGGCCGAGCCGGCACCGAAUGUGGCCGUGCCCAAGCGACCCGUCACCCCUGGCAAAAAUGUCAGUGUCGAGGAGAUUGAGCAGAAGCUAAAGGCCGCCGAGGAGCGUCGAAUUUCCUUGGAGGCCCGCAAGAUGGCCGAGAUCUCGAUUAAACUGGCCAAGGUCGAAGAGGCCACGCGCAAAAAGGAUGAGAUUACCAACGAGUUCAUCACUCAGACCAAGGAGCAGCUCGAGUCCAAAAUGGAGAAUCAUGUGGAGAAGCGCGAGGCUAUUAUCAGCGACAUGAAGGAAAAGCUAAAGAUUCAUGCCCAGGAGAUUGAGAAAACGCGCGAGACUUUGGAGCAGCAAAAGGCCAAUGAGCAGAAGGCCAUCGAGGAGAAAUUGAAGACCGCUCAGGCCUUGCGCGAUGAGAACAUUAAGAAAAUGUUGAAUCGUCUCAAGGAGCAUAACACAAUCAAAAUUGCCGAAAUCAAAACCCAGAACAAUCAAUUGGAAAAUCAAAAGCUCGAGGAGAAAGCGCGCAUUAUUGAAAACAAAUUGUACACCGCCGAGCAGAAUCGCGAAAAGGAGUUGCUCAAGAAAAUUGAGAAAGCUCAACAACUUGAACGUCGCGCUGAGGUUGUGCGUCAGAACAAGGCUCAGACCCAGGACAUGGACGGACAGCAGAGUCCCAUUGCCUCGUCGGGUUAGAGGCGAUGCUGCAAGGAAUUGCCGUUGCUGCUGGGGCACGUGGAGCGUUCUCAAUAAAGCGCACAGCGGCGGCUGCAACACACACACACACACCCACACCCACACACACCCAGCAUACGACAACAACAACAACAACAACAACUACAAACACAUAUUUGAGCAAGCAACCUUUAAGCAACAACAGAUUUGCUUCAAAAAUUUCAAGUAUUAACUAAAAGAGAAAAAAAAAAAAAAAAAAAUUAAAAAUCUUAAAGAACAUUUUUGCUGAGCAAAACGCGCAGGCAACAAAGAGGAAGAACCACAGCAGCAACAACAACAACAACAACUACAGCGCCAAGCAAAACAUUUAAAACUCAAAACUCUACACUACACUACAAGAAAAGCAAAGCGAAUGCAUACUGCAAAUUAAUAAGAAAUACAUUUAGUAAAGCAAAUUUACAACUAACAAAACGCAAAAAAAAAAAAACAAACAAAA